AUGAACACCCUCAAAGUAACCCAACUCCAACGCCUCGCCCAAGCAACAGGCAUCAAAUCAUCCGGGCCAAAGCCCGUUCUCGCCGCGCGUCUGGCGGCGGAGUUGGGACGGGUUCGCAGUUGCAGUCGCGAUGAGAGCCAGGGACUCACCCGCUACCGCCCCACGCACCUCCUCAUCGAGCGGCAGCGGUUCCGCUCGGGCGGCGCCAGCGCUGUGCAGGAGUGGUCGCUGCGGGUGGGUGUUUUCGAGGGCAUGUUGCAUGCUGUGCUGUUUACCCUGGGGAGGCAGCUGAAGACACCGCCCGUUGUGGUUGGGGUUGAGCCGAGGCGGGUGGGGAGGUAUUGGGAGUUGGUGAGGGGGGUGUCUUCUCUUGAGCAUGGGAAGGGGGUGGAGAAGGUGAAGGGCGAGGAAGGAGAAAAGAAGAAGAAGAAGAAGUCGGCUAAGGAGGGGAAGAAGGUUAAGAUUGCGCUUGUUGGGGGGUGGCUUGAGGCUGCUUGUUCUUCUGCUUCCGCUUCUUCUGCUUCUUUGGGGGAUAUUUCCUCGAUAGCAGCGUCGUCAUCUGUUACCUCGGCGGGUCAUACAGGUGUUGCGUCUUGUUCAGAGCCUGGAUGGGGUGCAUCUACAUCUGCAUCUGCAUCUACACCUACACCUGCCGAAACCACUACAAAUACACCCACAGAUACUCCUACAACAACAACAACAGACGAUACACGACUGUCCCUCCAAAUACCCUCCACCCCCUCCCCCGCCCUCCAAAAAACAAUAACCGCCUACCUAGCCAAAUGGCACGGCUCACCCCGAACACGGAAGAAAACCCCAACCCGCUCGGAGAUGGCCGACGGCACCGCGGGAGGACAGCGGGGUGACACAGACAAGGAUGUCGACAAGGAAGAAGAACCAAAUGUGGAGAUUGAGAGUGGGAUUGAAAUUGGGAAGUUGGAUGAUUUGGCGGAUUGCUUGGUGCAGGGGGUUACGUGGUUGGAGUGGAGGGCGAUGAGGGAGAGGGUUGUUAGGGAGGGGGUUCCUGAGGAGUUUAGGUGA